AUGGACGGUGUCCCGCUGAAGAUACCACCGACUGUAUCAAAGGACGUCAAAGGGCACAUCGAGGUGACCGUCCCUGAUUAUCUCACCAUACUGCAGGAGACAGAGUACGAGUUCAGUCUGGAGAACUGGGUGCUAACUGGGCUGCAGAGUGGCUUCCCCAGCCAGCACCAGCCUCAGCUCUCCUCCUCUUCAUCAGGAUUGCUGCCAUCUUGUCCUCCAUACCAAAUGAUGUUCAGCAGCCCUCAGCAGAGCCACCUGGCCAGCUGCCACAGCUCUGAUUUCUGGGAGCCCAACCCUCGACAGCACUCCCACAGCCUCAACCUCACGGUCUUGCGCACUAAAUUCACCAUCUCUGACUCUGAUGGCGAAGGAGAGAUUAUUGCACAGAAAGCCCAGAUAACUAUGUCAGCAACAGGGCACUUGGCCGGAGAGCGUUCUGCUGAGUCAUGUCAGCUAGGUCUGAGGAAAACACAGAAUGCCUUUGUCAACCCUCCAGCCUGCCUCAGCAGCCUGCCACACCAGUGCAGGAAGAACCUACGACAGUGCUCCCUCUUUAUGCCGGAGACAUCUACACAACAUGAUUUCAUCACAGGCAGCCUGUCCUCACACGAAGACACCGGGACCACCAACAUCAGAGCCCCCAGCACUAGAGCCAAAACAAUCAACAGGCUCACCGGCAUCAACAACCACAACACAACAGAUGUGAUAUCUCUCAGGCCAGACUGUGGAGAGCCCUAUGUGACUUCAGCACCCCGGGGUCACCCCUUGACUGGUUCAGAUUCCUCAGCAGAGCUCCUGUCAGCUCUGAGCUCUGAGGAGAGAGAGCUGCUGGGAGUCAUCACAGCCCAGGGUUACCCCCUCCAUACUGCCAUCAUCGCCCUGCAGAAGAUGGGCCAGCAGACUUCAGAUCAGAUCUUGAGUUACCUUGUGGCGUGUGACCACCUGUGUCAGCUGGGUUAUGACAUGGCUCAGGUAGAAGAAGCUCUGGAGAUGUUUCAGAACUGUGAAACAAAGGCGGAGGAGUUCCUUCACCUGCUGAGCCAGUUUAAUGAGAUGGGCUUCCAGCAGAAUGCCAUCAAAGAGGUACUGCUGAUCCAUGAGAACCACCGCGAACGGGCCCUUGAGGAGCUGAUGAUGCAUGUGGCCUGAUGGACAGCAGAUCAACAGACACACUUACAUAACCCCACUGCAGCUCAUAUGAGAUGCAUUUUGUAAAAGCACUUUGAAAGAUCACCUAAACGCAGAUUCUUAUGGCUGUAGAUGGACAGUGGCCUUGACAAAGGCAAAGUAUAUCAUUGAUACAAACAGUGUUAAGGAUGUUGACGUUUCCAUAUUACAUAUUUUCAUUCAUGUGUUUCAGACAUGUUAUUCAUUAUGCUCACACUUUGUUUUGUUUUGGUGAAUUAUUUUUUGUGCAAGAGUCUGACAUGAUGUGAGUAUUUCUAACUGUGACAGAUUUAUU